GUAACAAAAGAAUCUCUUCUUUGAGCCUUGUUCAUCUGUAAAUUUCACUCUUUUAGUCCAAAAUUGAAUCCUUUGAGACAAAUUAUCAUCUGGGGUUUAGUAAAAUAGCCUUAUCCAUUGUUGUUUGAGUCCAAAAUUGAAUCUUUACAGAGAAAUUAUCAUCUGGGGUUAAGUAAAAUAGCCUUUUCCAUUGUUGUUUGAGUCCAAAAUUGAAUCUUUACAGAGAAAUUAUCGUCUGGGGUAUACUGAAAUAGCCUUUUCUGUUGUUGUUUUAGGCCAAGAUUCAAUCUUUGUAGAAAAAAAAAUCAUCUAGGGUUUAGCAAAAGAGGAAAAAAUGGAGAACAAUCAGUCAUCUUUCUACCAAUUCAGUGAUAAUCUUCGUUUACAGACAAACAACUUAGUAAAUUUGUCUUCAAAUGAUUCAAUUUGGAGUAACAAUUAUGUAUCUAAAAGGCCUGAAGAAAGGAGAAACUUUGAUAUCAGAGUAGGUGGUAUGAUUAACUCUGUUACUUCUUUAAAUCCAUCAAAAAAUUUGAAUUCAGAUUACAAUCUUUUUAGUAAUGAUGGUUGGAAGAUUGCUGACAUGACGGCGGCGGCAGCGGCAGCUGGUGGUGGCUCAGCCGUGAAAGGUGGUGGUGGGGUUGGUUUAAAUGGUGGAUUUAAUAAAGGGGUUUACACAAACCCUAUGAAUUUUAGCAAUAUUAUGGUGAACUCAAAAGGGGUUAAUAACAACAAGAGAAAUGGGAAAAAUGGUGUUUUUGAGGAUGAUUACGGAUUUGUGAAUAAAUUUGGAAAGAAAAAUAACAAGAUUAAUAGAGAGAGUAAUAAGGAUUUGGGUGCUAAUAAUAGCAGUAGUGAGAAUAAAAAGUUCAAGACUUUGCCAGCAUCAGAAUCUUUACCAAAAAAUGAAACUGUUGGUGGAUAUAUUUUUGUUUGCAACAAUGAUACUAUGCAUGAGAAUCUCAAAAGGGAGCUCUUUGGCUUGCCACCUCGUUACAGGGAUUCAGUUCGCCAAAUAACACCCGGUUUGCCUCUUUUCCUCUACAACUACUCAACUCACCAGCUUCACGGAAUUUUUGAGGCUGCAAGCUUCGGUGGGUCUAACAUUGAUCCUACAGCUUGGGAGGACAAGAAGAACGCUGGUGAAUCGCGCUUUCCUGCUCAGGUGCGCGUCGUGACAAGGAAAAUUUGUGAACCACUUGAAGAGGACUCAUUCAGGCCAAUUCUUCACCAUUAUGACGGUCCUAAGUUUCGCCUUGAACUAAACAUUCCAGAGGCCCUCUCUCUGCUGGACAUAUUUGCUGAGAAAAAUAUACUGAAUAGUUUGUUAAAUUGAAAAGUCUAUUGUACAUAGGCAAUAUAUGUGAUAUAUAGACAAUAUAUAGCUCUUUUUAAUUUGCAGAUUAAUAACUAUUGUGUAAUCCAACAGGUUUUGUUACAUGUGGUAAAAGUUAUGAGUAGUUAAAUUUUGUUUUAAGUU